AGAUGCUGUGACUGUCUGCGACCAUGAUGCGUUUGUAAGUGAAGCCUUGGAUCUCCCUGACUUCCAAACUCGUGUGAAGGAGUGCAAAGAGAGCCUGCCUGCUGUACCAGGAAAUGUGAGUGCUUAUCCUGAAAUUGUGUUCUUGGGAACAGGAUCUGCAAUUCCAAUGAAAAUCCGAAAUGUCAGUUCCACACUGGUAAAUACCAGCUCUACCCGUUCCCUGCUCUUGGACUGUGGAGAAGGAACCUUUGGACAGCUCUGUCGCCACUAUGGAGAGCAAGUUGACCAAGUGCUGUGUAACAUAGUGGCUGUGUUUGUGUCUCAUAUGCAUACCGAUCAUCAUUCGGGCUUGUUGAACAUCCUGAUGGAGAGGCGGAGAGCUUUCGCAGCCCUUGGUCAGGCUUUCAGCCCUCUGUUUCUAGUUGCACCUGAACAGAUCAUGCCUUGGCUACACGAGUACCACAACCACUGUGAAGAGAUUCUCGGAGACAUCAAAAUGAUUACUUCCCAGUCUCUUGUGACAGGCUGUGAGAACAUCAAACCUAAAGCCAAAUGGUUUGUCAGUUCUCUGUUAGAGAACUACGACUUGGCUGAGUUUCAGACUUGUGAAGUCCAGCACUGUAAAAAUGCUUUUGCAUGUUCAAUGAUGCACAAAUCUGGCUGGAAAAUAGUCUAUUCUGGUGACACAAUGCCCUGCAUGGCCUUAGUACAAAUGGGGAAAAAUGCCACCCUGCUGAUCCAUGAGGCAACGCUGGAAGAUGGCAUGGAAAAAGAAGCAGUAGAGAAGACGCACAGCACAACCUCCCAGGCGAUUCAGACCGGGAUGAAGAUGAAUGCAGAGUUCAUCAUGCUUAAUCACUUCAGUCAGAGAUACGCCAAGAUCCCACUGUUCAGUGAAGACUUCAGCGAGAAGGUUGGAAUUGCAUUUGAUCACAUGAGAGUACGUUUUGGUGACUUUCUGACCAUCCCAAAGCUGAUCCCGCCUCUGAAGGCUUUGUUUGCAGAUGACAUAGUAGAAAUGGAGGAGCGGAAGGAAAAACGGGAGAUGCGGCUUCUGAAGGAGACUGUUCUAACCUUGGACAAACUGGCUGGUGGUGAGAACAAGGAAGCACCAUGCCUGAAACGGAAACAAGCCAAAAACCAUCAGGAACUACCAAACAAGAAGCUCAAAACAGUAAACUGAAAGAAA